AACCCUAAAUAUCUUUCCAUGCUUAAUCACCUGAGAUUCUACAUCCCUGAAGUUUUUCCUGCACUAAAGAAGGUGGUGUUCCUCGACGAUGAUGUUGUGGUUCAGAAGGAUCUUUCUGGUCUUUUCUCCAUUGAUUUGAAUGGGAAUGUAAAUGGAGCUGUUGAAACAUGCAUGGAAACAUUUCACAGAUACCACAAAUACUUGAACUAUUCCCAUCCUCUUAUACGCACACAUUUUGAUCCUGAUGCUUGCGGUUGGGCAUUUGGGAUGAAUGUGUUUGAUUUGGUUGAAUGGAGGAAAAAGAAUGUAACUGGCAUCUACCACUACUGGCAGGAAAAGAAUGUAGACCGGACAUUGUGGAAACUCGGUACCUUGCCUCCUGGAUUAUUGACAUUUUAUGGAUUAACUGAACCCUUGGAUCCAUCAUGGCAUGUUUUGGGUUUUGGCUACACCAAUGUUGAUCCUCAGUUAAUAGAGAGAGGAGCUGUACUUCACUUCAAUGGGAACUCCAAACCAUGGUUGAAGAUUGGGAUUGAGAAGUAC